AGACCCGGGCCGGGGCCGGGCCGGAGCGCCAUGGCCGAGUCCCAGCUCGGCUGCCUGGACGAGGCGCACGUGAACGAGAGGGUGACCGCGUCGCAGGCAGCCUUCUACUACUGCGAGCGGCGGCGGGCCGCGCUCGAGGCGCUGCUGGGCGGCGGCGAGCAGGCCUACCGCGAACGGGUCAAGGAGGAGCAGCUGCGGGACUUCCUCUCCAGCCAGGAGCGUCAGGCCCUCGGCGCCGCCUGGAGCCCCUACGAAGACGUCGCCGCCGCCGCCGCCGCUGCCGCUGCCGCCCGGGGCAAGAGCAAGGCCGAGGCCGAGACCCCGACGCAGGCCGCGGCCGAGUCCGGCGAGUCCCUGGCCUACUGGCCCGACCGCUCCGACACCGAGGAGCCCCGGCUGGAGCUGGGCUGGACCGAAGCGUGCUUCUACCGCGGCGUGAGCCGCGUCAGCCUCUUCACUCACCCCCCUAGGAAGGAGAAGGCGCCCCACCUGAAGCAGGUGGUCCGGCAGAUGAUCCAACAGGCCCAGAAGGUCAUUGCUGUGGUCAUGGACCUCUUCACUGAUGGUGAGAUCUUCCAAGACAUUGUGGAUGCUGCCUCCAAGCGCCGAGUCCCAGUGUACAUCAUCCUGGACGAGGCAGGCGUGAAGUAUUUCCUGGAGAUGUGUCAGGGCCUGGAGCUCGCUGACUUCCGUAUUCGGAACAUCCGUGUCCGCUCUGUGACAGGUGUUGGCUUUUACAUGCCCAUGGGGAAGAUCAAGGGGACCCUGUCAUCCAAGUUCCUAAUGGUAGAUGGUGAAAAAGUAGCCACUGGAUCCUACAGAUUCACCUGGAGUUCCUCCCAUGUGGACAGGAACCUUCUCCUCCUCCUGACGGGGCAGAACGUGGAGCCCUUCGACGUGGAGUUCCGGGAGCUGUACGCCAUCUCCAAGGAGGUGGACUUGUACCAGCAGCUGGGCCUGGCAGGAGGCGCUGGCAGGCUGGGCCUCAACUACUCCUCCACUGUGGCUCGCAAGCUUAUCAACCCCAAGUACACCCUGGUGGCAGGCAGCCGCCACCCACCUGGGGAGAUGAUGCGCUGGGCUGCCCGGCAGCAGCGGGAGGCCGGCAGCAAUGCAGAGGGGCAGGAGGAGGGCAGCAAGGGCGGCGAGUCAGCACGGCGCCUGGAGAGUUUCCUGCACGACCUGGUCACGCUGGAGCAGGUGCUGCCCCCCGUGGAGCCCGUUCUCUCGGGAGAGCUGAGUCAGGAUGGCAGGGUGGUCUCCCACCUGUGUGUGAACCUGAAGCCCAGACCCCGGGAGGCCCUUGCCCGAAACAGCAGGGGAGAAGCUGCCAAUGGGGAGGCCACCGCAGCCAAGGAGGGCAGGCGCUUCAGCAGCAGGUUCUUCAGCCGGCGGUCCAAGAGGCCCGCAGCGCCCAAUAGCACGGCCGGCGCCCUCUCCCCCGAGGCCUUGGCCGAAGCAGAGUUUGUGACGGGGAAGAGGCCCAACCAGGGCUCCAGUGACAACGUCUCAGGUAAAACAAGUUCCAGUCCUGCCAAGGCCAGCAACUGUGUGAUUUCGUGAGCUGCGGGCCAGCUGUCGGCAGGACCUGUGGAUGCCCCCAUCCUGUCCUGUGGAGACAGAGGUCAAACCCUGCACCAAUUUGCACAUCGGACGCCUACUGGCCUCCUGCCCCAGCAGCCUCCAUCCUGGCCUCAGGGACCCUGUAUCCCAGAUGUGAGGGUCUGCAGCAUCUCAAGACAAUCACACGCCUCCACAAGACUGUCGUGGCCGGGCAGGGGGUCACCCUUUGUUUACAUGAAGUGGAAGCUUGACUAGUGUCCGCUCUCCUUUAUGCCCAGCCCCCUCCCUCCACUGGGCCAGCCUUGCCCUGCAGGCCCCCAGGUGGUGUGAGUCCAUGUCUUUAUACCUUAAUGUGAUGGGGUCUCCGGGGCAGCCCCAGCCCCCUGGCUUCUCCUUCCCUGGGUUUCCUGGUGCUGCUGGUCCCCCAAGAGGUUUGGUGGAACACAUGGGACGAGGACAGGGCUCUGAGCCCGGGAUCCAGUCUUGCUUGAGCUUCUGAACUCAAGGUGGAAGAUGCAGCGAGGACGGCUCAGGGCUGGCUGCUGUGGCCUUCCUGGCCUGUCCCUCAGGCUCCUGCAGUAGACUCUGAAUGGAAUGAGGGCGUAAUUUGACCCUGCCAUUUUGAGAGCCCUUGUGCUGAGGCCUCCUUUCCCUCCCCCAGCACCAUCCUGGCAGGCUGUGUCCUGAGUGGUCCGGGCCUCCUCGGCUAGUGCCUGCUGCAAGCCCAUCUGGCACUUCUGCUAGUGCCUUUACCUGAGGUGGCUCCCUCCCGCUUUUUGCCUUGAUCUGCAGCCCAAAGUAGGGAGAGAGAGAGCCUGGCUGAUGUUCCGGUGGUGCUGGAGGCUGGGCCCUGUCACCAGGAGCGCUGGCCCUCCUCCCACCCCAGAGAUGGCCCUCAGUCCCUUCACCAGCUGGGACUUACGUGCCUUCUCUAGUUAUAUGUCAGCCAAAGACCAGCCUUGGCCUCCUGCCAAAGUCAGACUGUAUUGAGGAGCCUCAGCCUCCCUGGCUUCUUAGGGACCUGGCCUAAUAAUCGCCAUGAUGCCAGGCCAGGAAGACCACCUGAAAAUCGCACACCACCCCCUCUUCAUGCAUGUGACUGAGAGGACCUGCGGAGGGAGUUCUUGAAUGGACAACAGAGAAACUGCCAAACCGCAGGCUCUGUGGCUGGCCUUGCUUCCGGCCGGGUGCUGGAGGCCUGGAGAGCCGAGGGCUGCAGUGCCUGAGAAAGCACUACGCUCAGCCUCUCUCAGCCUCCUACUUCUGAGCCAAACUCUCGUCCUCACAUCUUUCCUUCUGCAAAACCCUGGGGCACCAGCAGCCCCUUGGGGAGGGAGCAAGGGGGGCACCGAGCAUCCUGCGAGGAGCCUGGCCUCCCCGGUGGGUGGUGGGAGCGGCAGGGGAAGGAAGGGUGCACCUGGUUCUUGGGGGGUGAGGGACCCUGACCCACCUCCA